GGCCUCGCUCUGGGGCGGCUGCCCGGGACCCGCAGCUUGUUUCUUAUGGUCUCAGUGAGUGGUGUAAUUGGAUGUGUUUCCUUUGCAUUAGGAGGACUGUGACAGAUAUUCAAAGAAGUCUGGGAAAUUUGAGUGGUGAUUUUAUGCAAUGGCUUCAAGCCACAGUUCUUCACCAGUGCCUCAAGGAAGCAGCAGUGAUGUUUUCUUUAAAAAAGAGGUAGACCCAACAAAACACAUUCGACCUGUGCAGUCACUGCCAGAUGUAUGUCCCAAGGAACCCACAGUUACAGAUCAACAUAGAUGGACUAUAUAUCAUUCCAAAGUAAACCUCCCAGCAGCAUUAAAUGAUCCUAGAUUAGCAAAAAGAGAAUCUGACUUCUUCACAAAAACAUGGGGAUUGGACUUUGUGGACACUGAAGUCAUACCUUCAUUCUACCUCCCACAGAUCAGCAAGGAACAUUUUACAAUUUAUCAACAGGAAAUCUCUCAGAGAGAGAAGAUUCAUGAGAGAUGCAAGAAUUGUCCUCCUAAAGAUACCUUUGACAGGACUCUACAUACUCAUGAUAAAUCCAGGACAGAUCUGGAGCAAGUACCUAAGAUUUUUAUGAAACCAGAUUUUGCCUUGGACGAUUCCUUAACUUUUAAUUCAGUUUUACCAUGGUCUCAUUUUAAUACUGCUGGUGGAAAAGGAAAUCGUGAUGCAGCUUCCUCAAAGUUGCUGCAAGAAAAGCUGAGCCAUUAUCUGGAUAUUGUGGAAGUAAACAUUGCUCACCAGAUCUCUCUACGUUCUGAAGCAUUUUUUCAUGCAAUGACCUCUCAACACGAAUUGCAGGACUACCUCAAGAAAACUUCCCAGGCUGUAAAGAUGCUUCGAGAUAAAAUUGCACAGAUUGAUAAAGUAAUGUGUGAAGGAUCACUACACAUUUUAAGACUGGCACUUACCAGAAACAAUUGUGUUAAAGUGUACAAUAAACUCAAGUUAAUGGCCACUGUACACCAGACUCAGCCUACAGUACAGGUGUUGUUAUCCACUUCUGAAUUUGUUGGAGCAUUGGACUUAAUAGCAACAACACAAGAGGUUCUACAGCAGGAGCUUCAGGGCAUUCACAGCUUCCGGCAUUUGGGAUCACAACUUUGUGAAUUAGAAAAACUGAUAGAUAAAAUGAUGAUUGCAGAAUUUUCUACUUAUUCUCACAGUGACUUAAACAGACCACUGGAAGACGAUUGUCAAAUUUUAGAAGAGGAAAGACUUGUAUCUCUUGUAUUUGGACUUUUAAAACAAAGAAAACUUAAUUUUUUAGAAAUCUAUAGUGAAGAAAUGAUUAUUACAGCAAAGAAUAUCAUUAAACAGUGUGUGAUUAAUAAAGUUUCACAAAUAGAAGAAAUUGACACAGAUGUUGUUGUGAAGCUUGCAGAUCAGAUGAGAAUGUUGAAUUUUCCUCAGUGGUUUGAUCUGCUAAAGGAUAUUUUCUCUAAGUUUACAAUUUUCCUACAAAGAGUUAAGGCAACGUUAAAUAUCAUUCACAGUGUUGUUCUCUCAGUUCUUGACAAAAACCGAAGGACCAGAGAAUUGGAGGAGAUUUCACAACAGAAAAAUGCUACAAAAGACAAUUCACUGGACACAGAAGUGGCUUAUUUAAUCCAUGAAGGCAUGUUUAUAAGUGAUGCAUUCGUUGAGAGUGAAUUAACACCUUUAGUGAUCGACACUACCUCUCAAAGAAAUGCAUCUCCAAAUAGCGAGCCCUGCAGCAGUGAUUCGGUAUCCGAACCAGAAUGUACUACUGAUUCUUCAUCCAGCAAAGAGCAGACAUCAUCAUCUGCUACUCCAGGAGGUGUGGAUAUUAUGGUCAAUGAAGACAUGAAAUUAACUGAUUUAGAGCUAGAAAAACUGGCAAAUAAUAUCCAAGAGUUAUUGUAUAGUGCCUCAGAUAUAUGCCAUGAUCGAGCUGUCAAAUUUCUCAUGUCAAGAGCAAAGGAUGGUUUUCUUGAGAAGCUAAAUUCCACGGAAUUCAUAACACUUUCUAGAUUAAUGGAAACAUUCAUUUUAGAUACUGAACACAUCUGUGGAAGAAAAAGUAUGUCAUUACUUGGAGCACUUCAGAGCCAAGCUAAUAAAUUUGUAAAUAGGUUUCAUGAAGAGAGAAAAACUAAGCUCAGCCUCCUCUUAGAUAAUGAGCGCUGGAAGCAAGCUGAUGUUCCUGCAGAAUUUCAGGAUCUUGUUGAUUCUAUAUCAGAUGGAAAGAUUGCUUUACCUGAAAAAAAAUCAGGGGCUACGGAAGAAAGGAAACCAGCUGAAGUUCUCAUUGUUGAGGGACAACAGUAUGCUGUCGUUGGAACUGUAUUGCUGUUGAUAAGAAUUAUCCUUGAAUAUUGCCAGUGUGUGGACAAUAUCCCAUCUGUUACUACUGACAUGCUUACUCGUCUGUCAGAUUUAUUGAAGUACUUCAAUUCAAGAAGUUGCCAGUUAGUUCUUGGAGCUGGUGCACUGCAAGUUGUUGGACUAAAAACAAUAACUACAAAAAAUUUGGCUCUUUCUUCACGUUGUUUGCAGUUAAUUGUGCACUACAUUCCUGUGAUCAGGGCUCAUUUUGAAGCUCGACUGCAGCCUAAGCAAUAUAGCAUGCUUAGGCAUUUUGAUCAUAUCACUAAGGACUACCAUGACCACAUAGCUGAAAUAUCAGCUAAGCUUGUAGCGAUAAUGGAUAGCUUAUUUGACAAGUUGUUAUCUAAGUAUGAGGUGAAAGCUCCCGUUCCUUCUGCCUGUUUCAGGAAUAUUUGUAAGCAAAUGGCAAAAAUGCAUGAAGCUAUAUUUGAUCUUCUUCCAGAAGAACAAACACAAAUGUUAUUUUUAAGAAUUAAUGCAAGUUAUAAACUCCACUUGAAAAAGCAGUUAUCUCAUUUAAAUGUGAUAAAUGAUGGAGGACCUCAAAAUGGGUUGGUCACAGCAGAUGUAGCUUUUUACACUGGAAAUCUUCAAGCCUUAAAAGGCCUUAAAGAUUUGGACCUAAAUAUGUCCGAGAUCUGGGAACAGAAGAGGUGAUGACAUACUGGAAAACUGGGUAGCUCAUCUGACCAUGGGAUGUGUAUGUUUAUGAAGAAAAUGUGGAUGCCUGUGAUUCAAGAACUGAACCUCGAACCCAAAGUGAACUGGGAUAGGGGAAGGGGAAAAGGAAAGUAUCAGUGUUGGGAAACUGGGAUUCAGUGGGAUCUACAAGGAAUGCCAUUUUUAUGCUUCCUUCAGUGAGGAGUAACUGAUCAGGUGUCUAUAACAUUUUUCAUUCUCUCUGGAAACAGACUCAGGUUUCUUUGGACCAAAUCCAAAAGAACACAUAGCUGUAACACAGCUGUAGUUGACUAGAAUGCUCUGUAUACUUUAUAUUAAAAAAUGCUUUGCAUUUCUUCCAGUGCAAUGAAAUUCAUAUGGUGUCCCACCUUAUUUAAUGAUGGUACAAUUUAAAAUAUUAAAAUCUUAGUCAACCUCUGUAGAAAGUUUUCUCUAUGAAAGUAAAGCUGUUUGAAAAAUUAUUUUUUUACAGAUCUUUCUAUAAAAAAUAAACAUCUUUUGAUUGCUUGGA